UGAGCUGUGAUUCUUGCCUCUCACAGCUGUGGAGAUGAGAUAACUGAGCUGCUACUUUAAGAAGCUUUCCUGACAUAGUUAAAGUGGCAGGAACCACUGCAGCCAAUAGUCAAACUGUACUCGUGCUGGAUGGCAGCUGGCAAUUUUCUUCAAGUUCAGUCAUCGGGAGAAGAGAAUGAAGAGCUGAUUAUUCAGUUUGGGGAUUUAUUUUUCCAAAGCGCAGUAUUUUGUUUUUUUCCUUAUACAGACAGAGUAGAGUGUGACUCUGCCGACCUCUGAGCAGAUGAUGAAUGUGCUGUCCAACACAGCUGCCAGGGCCCAGGAGCAGUCCAUACCUCUCUGUGGCCCGGGGUCUGUGCACGAUCUACCCCACUGCCCUUCAGGGUUUGGUUUAAACUCCCACCUAAAUGCAGCACCACUCCUCAGUCUGCACAGCAGCCCAAGAGCGGCCAAACCCCAAAAGGAACUGAGUCCUGAGGAGCAGCAAGAGUUGAGGCGGAAGAUUAACAGCAGGGAGAGGAAGAGGAUGCAGGACUUGAACAUUGCCAUGGACGCCCUGAGAGAAGUCAUGGUGCCAUACGCUUCCUCUUCUUCCUCUUCUUCCUCUCCAUCUCACUCCCACGUGCCUGGGGCUCCUCCAGGUCGGAGGCUCUCCAAGAUCUCUACCCUGGUUCUGGCCAGGAACUACAUCCUCCUCUUGGGCUCAUCUCUGCAGGAGAUGCGGCGGCUGCUAGGAGAGGUAAGCAUCGGGAUGGGGGUGAGCACUGGCCCGGUCCCCCGGCUGCUGUUUGCUGGGGGGUGGCCCCUCAUUGCUGGGCCCAGGCAGCUCCUCCUCACUCAUGAAUCCCUCAUUUCCUCGGCCCCGUCAUCUUCUUCCUCUUCUUCUGCUGCCUCAUCGUCCUCCACAGCAGCUAAAUGUGCCACGGUUCCUCCAGGCCCCAUGGAGGCCUCGCUGGCCCCAGUGCAUUGGAGCUGUGUGGGGGCCACAGGUGUACCCCCCUGCCCCUGUGGAGUCUGUAGACUGUCCAGAUUCAACCACUCCAAAUCUGCUCCCAGAUUCUCAAAGUGAAGACUCAAACUUAUGAAGAAUUGACCUUCUGAUUGUUACACAUAUGCAAGUUUUUAUAGGAAUUAGUGUUUUUCUAACAUUUUAACACAACUCACCAUUAUUUUCUGAUUUUAUCUGAGCACAUGGUGCUAUUCUGCAUUGUAUUAUCCGUACAACUAAUCACACAUUCUUGGUUCCAAUAUGGGAUGCAUUUUCUCAUAUCUCCUACACCACAGACAAGCCAGAACCUUGUUUAAUAAGUUGUUUUCAUGCUUAUUAAAUGUAACUGUAAGACAUAUGUUUCCAAUUGUUGACUGCAGUAGAUUUUGGGAUGGCAACAGUUAACUGGCUACAGCGACAGAGGAACCUGUUUUUACCUGAGGCUAAUGAACUUCAGCAUGUUCAUAUUUCUGCAUUCGGUUUAUAUCUAUAAAAUGUUGAAAGUAACAUAUUCAGAAUGAAGAUUCCAAAAAUAUAAAGAAUUUUUUUGUUUUAAUGUUAAAAUAAUAUAAGUAAAUUGUAGUUUUGUUUUGUUUUGAAAUAAAAAGCU